CCCGAAGCAGCUACAGUCUGUUUGUAAACUCUGCGUCUCUACACCUCUGCUCUCCCGUCCGCUAUGCACAGCAGGGGAGGGUGUGGAGAUUCAAACGAUUAAACGCAAAAAGCAAAACUAAAGAAACGCCAACCGCAUUUACAUUACAAGAACAUCGUUGGACGGUUCGCUUUAAGUCCAUUCAUCAGUAAAUCGAGCAGUGUGGAUCCACAGCCAGAGCCUUGCCGGGAUUGGCUGGCUGUAUUACGUGGAUCGGUGGGCUCGGAGAGGCGAGGAUAAGGAGGGGAAGGAAGGAAGAAGGGCACAGGCAGCCAGCUUUUGCAGUUUGCCGAUAAAAGUCUCCCAGGGAUGUACUCUGUGUUCCUCUUUACCUGUCUGUUAUAUCGUCCUCUCUCUGAUCUUUUCCCUGCAUCGUCGCUUUUCGUCAUGGGGAAGUCGCCUUUUCAGAGUCUGCUGAUGCCACAUGCAUAACUUCAGACAGGAUACAGGCACGCUCAGACUCGGGGACUUGGAUACGAGCCACGCUUGGAGUUGACGGUGUGAAUUAGCUGUUUGUUUCUGUAAUGGACGAUUAGACAAGAAGGUGAUGUGGUUUAUGAAUAGAGUCAUUUGUACGGUCGAAGAGCUGAUGUGAACGAACAAUUCAAGGAUUCGUCUGCGGCAUUUCCUUCCAUGGUUCUUCUGUUUUGCUCAUGUUUGUUUAUUUUGAACAUGGGACUAACAGACAAACUAAGCUGUUUAUUUUUUGCAUAGCUUGUAACCCUUGAUUUAAAUAAUAAUUUUAAAAAACGACGUGCAGCUCUUUACUAAAACAGGAAAGCAUCUCUCUCUCUUUUUUUGAGUAGCACAGAUGUCGGAGAGUGGGUUUUAUCAUUUUGAUUUUUUGCAUUAAUUGUGUGGUGAUAUUUUGAGACUGGCAUGCUUUUGAAGCCCACCGUACCGGGACUGUGCGCAAUGUUGCAGACGAUCUAUGAGACUGAAUCCUGCUUCUCCUCAGACAGUACGUCCAGCCGAGAGCAACCCGUCGAGCUGCUACCUCAGUCCAGAAGCACCAGCAUGCCUAGUACCGCCGUGGAUGUGAAGACCUUGCUACCCUCUGGGAUGCAGAGCCCAGUGGGAGGUGGUGGAGGGGAUCAGAGCGGAGGUAGCGGAGGUCCGGUGGACCUGCGUACGGACCCUCGCCUGAACGCACUGAGCACGGUGGACCCGACACUGAGAGAAAAACAGCUUCAACACGAGCUUCUCUUGCUCAAACAGCAACAGGAGCUCCAGAAACAACUACUGUUCGCCGAGUUUCAAAAACAGCACGAGGUUUUGACACGUCAACACGAGGUCCAGCUACAGGAACAUCUAAAGCAGCAGCAGGAGAUCCUCGCAGCUAAGCGUCAACAGGAGCUGGAGCAGAAGAGGAAGUUGGAGCAACAGCGUCAUGAGGAGAUGGAGAAGCAAAGACUGGAACAACAGCUCAUCAUGCUACGAAACAAAGAAAAGGGCAAAGAGAGUGCCAUAGCCAGCACUGAGGUCAAACUAAAACUUCAGGAGUUCCUGCUGAAUAAAAAGGAACCCGGUCCCGGUGGACUCAACCAUUCCUUCUCCCAGAAGUGCUGGCCUCACCAUACAUCCCUGGAGCAGAGCUCCCCUCCACAGAGCAACACACCAGGCACCCCACCUUCCUACAAACUCCCCCCGCUGUUGGGGAGCUACGAGGGCAAGGAUGACUUUCCUCUCCGCAAGACCGCCUCUGAGCCCAAUCUGAAGGUACGUUCGCGGUUAAAACAGAAGGUGGCAGAGAGAAGAAGUAGCCCAUUGCUCAGGCGGAAAGAUGGAACUGUGAUCAGCACCUUCAAAAAACGAGCCAUCGAGAUCUCAGUGUCCUCAAUGUGCAGCAGUGCUCCUGGCUCAGGACCCAGUUCUCCAAACAGCUCUAACAGUGCCAUUGCUGAAAACGGUUCGAGUGGCUCUGUCCCAAACAUCCAUGCUGAGCAGUUACGUUCUCUGCAUCAGUCUUUGACUGGAGAUGGGACGCCAAGCCCUCUGAGCCUCUAUACCUCUCCAUCUCUGCCCAACAUCUCUCUGGGACUUCCUGCCAACGCACACAUCACAGCUCCACAGAAACUCAGUGCCCAACAGGAGGCCGAGCGGCAGACCAUCCAGAGCUUGCGUCAAGGUGGGACACUGACCGGGAAGUUCAUCAGCACAUCAUCCCUGCCGGCGUGCCUUCCCACAGGGGCGACCCACGAUACCGAGCCCCCUAAUAGCCACAGUAGCCAUUCCUCGCUGCUCCAGCAUGUCCUGCUGUUGGAGCAGGCACGUCAACAGAGUGCACUUCUCGCAGUUCCCAUAUAUGGACAGUCACCGCUGGUAACCGGCGAGCGGGUGUCCAACAGCAUGCGCACAGUGAACAAGCUGCCUAGGCACCGGCCGCUAAGCCGCACGCAGUCGGCACCUCUGCCGCAAACUCCGCAGGCCCUGCAGCAGCUUGUAAUGCAACAACAACACCAGCACUUCCUAGAGAAACAGAAGCACUACCAGCUAAAUAAGAUCUUCUCCAAAGGGGCGGAGCUCCCAAGACAGCCCCCCACUCACCCGGAAGAGACGGAGGAGGAGCUCACGGAAACUACGGAGAUGCAGGAGGAGCGAGGGGAGGGCCCCAAUCGUAUUAGGGAGGGGCUGCAAAAGGAAAGCUCUGGUGAGACCACACCCCCUUCUGAACGCAUAGUCACGUUGAAGGGAGAAAGCACAGAAAGUGACUUGGAGGAAGACGACGACGAAGACGAAGCAAUUGAACUGAGGGAAUGCGACGAAGAGGGCGCCCCUUAUGGCCAGUAUUUGGACCAGCACGUGCAGCAACUGAAUGUGUUCCAGGCAUCUUUGUCCAUCACAGGAAUGCCCCACAGACCCCUGGGAAGGGCGCAGUCAUCCCCUGUCACGUCUAGUCUUAAAGGAGCACCCAUUAGUGAGCCGCCCAUCAAACAUCUCUUUACGACAGGGCUUGUAUACGACACCUUCAUGCUAAAGCAUCAGUGCAUGUGUGGGAACACAAACAUCCACCCCGAACACGCCGGACGCAUUCAGAGCGUUUGGUCCAGGCUACAGGAAACAGGCCUGCUGGGUCGCUGCGAGAGGAUCAGAGGAAGAAAGGCCACGUUAGACGAAAUCCAAACAGUGCAUUCUGAGUACCACACGCUUCUCUACGGCACCAGCCCCCUGAACAGACAAAAACUGGAUAGCAAGAAGCUUUUAGGUCCAAUAAGUCAGAAAAUGUACGCUGUUUUGCCGUGUGGAGGCAUUGGGGUGGAUAGUGACACAGUGUGGAAUGAGAUGCAUUCAUCAGGUGCAGUGCGAAUGGCAGUGGGCUGCGUCAUCGAGCUGGCUUUUAAAGUAGCUGCUGGGGAGCUAAAGAACGGUUUUGCAGUGGUCCGUCCUCCAGGUCACCAUGCUGAAGAAUCUACUGCCAUGGGUUUCUGUUUCUUCAACUCCGUGGCCAUCACUGCCAAACUCCUUCAGCAGAAACUCGGAGUGGGCAAGAUCUUGAUCGUAGACUGGGAUAUUCAUCAUGGAAACGGGACCCAGCAGGCAUUUUAUAAUGACCCAAAUGUCCUGUACAUUUCCCUGCAUCGUUAUGACGAUGGCAACUUUUUCCCAGGAAGCGGCGCUCCUGAAGAGGUGGGUGUGGGCCCAGGAGUUGGCUUUAAUGUCAACAUCGCCUGGACAGGUGGAGUGGAGCCACCUAUGGGUGAUGUGGAGUAUCUAACAGCAUUCAGGACUGUUGUGAUGCCAAUAGCUAAUGAGUUCUCCCCAGAUGUGGUGCUGGUGUCUGCAGGAUUUGAUGCUGUGGAGGGCCACCAGUCUCCUUUGGGUGGAUACAACGUCACCGCCAAAUGUUUCGGCCAUCUCACUAAGCAGUUGAUGAAGCUGGCCGGCGGCCGUGUGGUUCUGGCACUGGAGGGAGGUCAUGACCUUACAGCCAUCUGUGACGCAUCCGAAUCCUGUGUUGCUGCAUUGCUGGGAGAUGAGUUGGAUGCUUUACCACUGACAGUGCUUCAACAGAAACCGUGUCCAAAAGCGACAGCCUCUCUGGAGAAAGUCAUUGAGAUACAAAGUAAGCACUGGACAUCUCUGCAGAGGUUGGCUCCUACUGUGGGUCAGUCUCUACUGGAGGCUCAGAGGAGAGAAAAGGACGAGGCGGAUACUUUGACUGCUAUGGCUUCUCUUACUGUGGACAACGAUCAGAUCGCCACUACAGAAACAAGCAGCAGGUCAACAGACGAACCAAUGGAGGAGGAGCCUGUGUUGUAGAAGAGAGAGUACAUCACUGCUCCAACCUUCACGUCCACGCCUGCUUGGCACUGGCCACCCUGACGUCACGCCUCAUGUUCCUCCUUCCAGCUCUUCGAUUGGUUCCCUCGGUCCUUCACUCAUUUCCAGGUGCUUGACUGACACGUUCACAGUCCACCCACUGACGAUUUUCUGAGGUUAAUGCAUAGCAAAUUGUUGCCGAAAGGGGACAACAGGGCAUGAUGGGUAAUUACAGGACCACUAGCGUGGGGAUGAUUGGGCUGCAUAAGUCCCUCCCACUCGGAAGUAUCCACCUGCUUGUGACCUAAGCCCCUCCCACUUGGAGGUCUUGGUCCGCAGCUAUACGGACAUGGAAUAGUGGAGAACCUUUCGAAGAGAGGCCUUUGGUUUUAUUUUAUCCUCAUCUCGGACUGGGGAUGUAAAGAAGAAACUGCAAAAAAGGAAGAGAAGGAGAAUAAAGCGACAGCACGGGGAUGUUGUCAGCUCGGAGGAUGGCAAAAAAGCUUUGUUUUCUGUACAAAGUAUAAGAAAUGUACAAAGUUCCAAAAAAGCCACCAAGCAGCAAAAAUACUUCAGCACAAAACACACUCAUUCAAAAGAACCCGCCCGGUUUUGAACAGAGGAAAUACCCCUUCGUCGUGUUAAUACCCCUUCUUUUAAAGACAAGUACACUCGUUUACACUGUACCGUGUCGAUUAUUUGGUAUACUUGAUCAUCUGUAUAGUAUCCUGUUAUGAAAAGCACACAAACAUAUGAGAAAAUAUAAAUAUAUAUAACUAUAAACAUAUAUACAGUUUGUAGUUUAAUGUGUACUGUAUACACAUUUAAACAUACAAAAAAUAUAGAAAUACUUUAUAUUCCCCUAAUCGAACAUUUGUUAUCAGCUGGGGUUGUACAUAAAAAAUCCUACAGGAAUCGAAAGUGGAUGGUUAGACUUCAUCAUCAUUUUAUCCUCAGAGAAAACUUUUUUGGAACAUACGGCUUUGCUAUAACAUAAACACGAUACGUAAAAAUAGGCAGCCCGUCGGUUUUAACACAGAAGGUGUAAAAUACAAGGAACGGACUUUCACAGGAGGACGAGGAUAGAAAUAGCGGUAAUGUUUUCACAAAAGACUUUCUUUUCAAGAACUUGGUGCCUUUUCUACUAAGGAAAAUAUUUCAAACACCAAUACUAAAUGAAUCAGACUUAACUUUCAUCGAUUUAUUUGUUUUUAAACUUGCCUUAAUUUUUCAAGAAAACGAAUUUUAGCCAUGACUUUGGAGAGCACAAAAUGAUCUUACUUUCUUUCCGCCCCAGUUGCUUUUCGUUUCAUUCUUUUUUUCCUUUCUACUGUUUUGCUUUUAGGGAUGUACAUGUUUUUAAUUUUUGCUUUUUUACAUUUAACAAAACGAACGAACGAAAGAAAUGUAAAGAUUGUUUUAUUUCUCAGUCGUGUGCUGUAGAUUGGCACACGACGUGAUUGUUUGGAACACUGACAGUGUCGUGACCAACUUCUUGAUUAUUUCUUUAACUUGAUUUUUACGUCACCUUCCUUUGUCCAUUUUAUUUUUAUUUUUUGCUCCUUACUUACCAACUCUUUUCUUUAUUCCCAUUGGCGAGAGAGUGUUGGCGGUUGAUUUUUUAUUUUAUUUUAUUAAAACAUUUCCUUUUUUUGUACAAAAAUGUAAAAGAAAACAAACAAGAGUUCUGUAUCAGUGUUCAUUUUGUUAUGAGUUAUAGUAUUCUCUGAUAAAGAAUGUACAGUUGUGGUACAGAUGCUUUCUAUAUUACCGAUAAUGUUGAGUUUUGUGUGGUGCAUUUGGCAUUUUCAGAAUUUAACAACAAACAGGAAUUAUUUUCGUUUUUCUGGCAAUAAGAGUGACUACCACUUUAUAACACUAAAAUGCUCAGCAAAGCCAUUGGAUAGAUAUUCAUUGUAGUUUGAUAUAACUUAAGAUGUGCAUUACGUUAUUUUGCACCACACUAAUAGGAUAAUUUAUCAACUAGUAGCCGAAAUCUGGUUCAUCUGUUCUGCACUUGUGGUUGCGUUUUAUGAUCCUGAUCAAUUAUUACAUUUUCACUGUGUAUACCAGGGGCCUUUUUAUGUGCUGCAUCCUUUGGGCAGCCAAGAAAACAAUUUUACGUUUUAAAGUCACCACCUUUUAAGGCUUCCCUCCAUUUAACAUUAAAAAGCAUCGCUAUCUGGUCUGAGAGAUUCCCGUAUAACAGUUAAAUAGCAUGUUUUUAAUCAGACUGAACUUCGCAGUAUCUUGCACUAUUACUGUACUGCAGGUCCGAAUCCAACUUCAGUUCUCAGACCCCAAUUUUGAGGCAUUAGAUGCGAAGCGAAUUAUCUCUUGUGUAAACUCUCUCGUCAACUUCGGCUCUCUGCGUUGUUUUCAUCGUGUGUUUUCAUUGAUGAACUGUUGUUGAAUCGUCACAAAUCUGAUGCACAUUUCUUGACUCUGCUCUUGUUUGAUUUAUUUAUUUGGAGUCAGAAAUGACUGCUGAAGGUGGGUUGCGUUGCUUUCGGAUCUCAUUGUAAAUUUAUAAAAAAUAGAUAUCUACAUAUUGUCUUUACUCAUAGAUGGCCUCAUAGCCUCUGGGCAAUAACUUAAAUUUUUUAUAUAUAUAUAUAUAUUACGAUGAAAAAUGCCAUGUUUCUCGCAACAAACCGUCAUCUAGCCAUUGGUUGCGUCACCAUCAGAUGAAGUAUUUACAAAUUUAAACCGUUUUGCUCUGUGUGUUUCGACACUAACAACAUCACCUCCAGCUGUUCAUUUUGUCUCUCGUUUGUUGUUAUUUAUCAUCAUUGUACCAAACUGUUUUCUUGACAUCUCUAGUUUGGAGCACACGUGCCCCGAUUUCUUCUACAGACGUAUAUGCGUACAUCAAAUGGAUGUAUUGUGCGCCUGUCUUUGCAUGGUAAAACUAAAGAGAUUGGCUUUUCGGACAGGAAUCAACAACACAUUGUGAAAAAAUGGGCUAACGCUAGCCUCUGUACUUAGAUACUGUAAAAUACACUAAGAGACGUUCCCUCUUCUAUGUGGCCGUGGCGUGUGCUGUCUGAAACAGGAGCUACUGUGAUCAGGUUUUUUAAUGUGUGGAUGUAAAUCACAAACUAUUUGUGCAUAGUUUUGUAUCUUCACCCUAUAUGGUGUCAAACUGUUUAUUGACCGUGCAGUUGGUGGUGAAAGCUUUUUAUGUCUUUCUUUUAAUUCCUUUAUAUAAUUUUCUGGAUGAAUCGGCAGACAUACUGGUCCUAGACCUAAACCUUUUUUGGGGGGGUAUGUCGGUUUUGAGUAGUACGUAAAGAGGGAAAGUGAUGUAAUACAGUAUGAUUCUUGACUUUAUCAAACAGGGCCUUGGGAUGGACACCGGGAAGUCUCUGUAAAAGAGAUGGACGUGGAAGAUAGCUUUAUUGUCUCUGCCACAUAUUUUGCUAUUCAGUAAAUAUGUAUAUUUAUUGAUUCAUAUGUUGUGUAUAUGUAGUGACCUAUGAUCGUCGAGGUUCAAAGAGUGCUUGUAUAUUUUUUGACUUUUUGAAAGAGAGGUUGUGUCUCUUCCACUGUCCUUUCAUUUCUUUGGCAUUCUUACAUCACUUGUGAUUGGGUGUUUCAAUUUGUGGUCUUUAAAUUUUUUAUAUCUUUUCUCUCCCUCUCUCUCUUUCUCGCUCUCUCUUUCUCUUACUUGUCUAUCUUCUGGUCAUAUUGAUACAGUAUGCAGAAGUUCUGAAAUUAUCAAACCACAUUCCCUGAUUUAUUGUGUUCUUUCAAUGCUUUCAUGUUGCGACAAUACAAAGGUGUGUAUACUAACUGCUACACACGUGUAUAUAGAGUGCAUAUAUGUGUGCACAUGUGCAAUACACGCUAUUUGAGCAAUCUAUUACUGUGACUAUUAAUCAUUAAACAUUGCUGUCCCUUUGAA